UCAACAUUCCCAUGAUCAAACUCUAUCAUUCUCCCCACAUACCUUGGAAUCCAACCUUCUUUCAAUCAUGCCAUUUUCAUUCUCUCCCUCCACCCCUAUAAUACAAAGAUAGAAACUUCCCUCAAUUGUUGGAUCAACUUCCCAUUUUUCCAUCUCUUACCACUUAAGUAACACCUAAUCAUUUACUUUGUAUUUUUUUAUCGAUAAACAAAAGACGUCCUAUCAGACCGAAACCUAUAAACAAUUCCCACAUGGUACUUAAGAAAGCUUCAAGGAAGAUAAAAUCAAUGAUCACCAAACCCUUUAAAAACCCCCCAAAAUCAUCAUUUUCAUUUGCACCACCUCCCUUUUUCUUUCCCGUUCCUCCUCAACAACCCGUACAACCCGUACAAACUUCGUCAUCUUCAACAAUGGCGGUUCAUCACAGAAAUCAACCAUUUCUAUUCCCAAAAACAGAGUCCUCUGUUCUUCCAGACCCUUCCACUUUCUUCUCCCCUGAACUUCUCUCCUCCCCUCUUCCCACAAACUCUUUCUUCCAAAACUUCGUCCUCAAAAAUGGCGAUCAAUCUGAAUACAUCCACCCUUACCUCAUCCGUCUUUCUCUCUCCUCACUUUCUCUCUCAUACCCUUCUCGAUUCGCCAACAAUUCCUUCAUUUACCAGGUUUUCAACGCUGAUUUCACAGUUUCUGCAGCAAAUAACCCAGAUUCAAAUACCCCACAUAAAAUUUCAUCGUUUAGUGAUCUUAGUGUAACUGUGGAUUUCCCCUCUUCAAAUCUCCGGUUUUUCCUUGUUCGAGGAAGCCCUUUUGUUACUUGUUCUGUUUCAGGAGGUAUAUCUCUUAAAUUCUCCACAAUUCAUGCGAUUUUAUCGUUUAAUUCGUAUAAUUCUAAUACUAAGUUUAUUGUUAAGCUUAAUAAUAAUCAAACUUGGGCAAUUUACUCUUCUUCACCUAUUAACCUAACCCAUGAUUUGUCUAAUAUUGUUUCUGAUUCGUUUUCGGGUAUUAUCCGGUUUGCGGCUUUACCCGAUUCGAACCCGAAAUUCGAGUCGAUUCUUGAUAGGUUUAGUUCUUGUUAUCCUGUUAGUGGUGAUGCUGUGUUGAAUGAACCAUUUUGUGUGAAUUAUAGAUGGGAAAAAAGAGGGAGGGGUGAUUUGUUAAUGCUUGCUCAUCCUUUGCAUCUUAAGUUGUUAAAUAGGGAUAAUGUUGUUGUUUUGGAUGAUUUGAAGUAUAAAAGUAUUGAUGGUGAUCUUGUUGGUGUUGUUGGGGAUUCCUGGUUGAUGAGGACUCAACCAGUAUCGGUUACUUGGCAUUCAAUUAAUGGUGUUAAGGAGGAGUCAUAUGAUGAGAUUAUCUCAGCUCUUUCCAAUGAUGUUAAGGGUUUGAAUUCGAGCUCAAUUUCGACAACUUCCUCGUAUUUUUAUGGGAAGUUGGUUGCUCGAGCUGCUAGAAUGGCUUUGAUUGCUGAGGAAGUUUGUUAUCCUGAUGCAAUUCCUGUGGUUAGGAAGUACUUGAAGGAAACAAUUGAGCCUUGGUUAGAUGGGACUUUUAAUGGGAAUGGGUUUUUGUAUGAUGGAAAAUGGGGUGGAAUGGUUACUAAACAAGGGUCAAAUGAUUCUGGGGCUGAUUUCGGGUUUGGAAUUUUUAAUGAUCAUCAUUACCAUUUGGGGUACUUUAUUUAUGGAAUUGCUGUUCUUGCUAAGAUUGAUCCUGCUUGGGGGAGGAAGUACAGGCCUCAGGCUUAUUCAAUGAUGGCUGAUUUUAUGAGUUUGAGUAGACGAGCAAAUUCGCAAUAUACUCGUUUGAGAUGUUUUGACUUGUAUAAGCUGCAUUCUUGGGCUGGUGGGCUGACAGAAUUUGCUGAUGGGAGGAAUCAGGAAAGCACAAGUGAGGCAGUGAAUGCCUACUAUUCUGCAGCUUUGAUGGGGUUGGCUUAUGGGGAUGCCCAUCUUGUUUCUGUUGGUUCAUCUCUUGUAGCAAUGGAGAUGCAAGCAGCGCAAACAUGGUGGCAUGUAAGAGAAGGAGAGGGAAUAUAUGAGGACAUCUUUUGCAGUGAGAAUAAGGUGGUGGGUGUUCUGUGGGCUAAUAAGAGGGACAGUGGACUUUGGUUUGCACCACCCGCAUGGAAGGAAUGUAGACUCGGAAUUCAAGUCCUUCCAAUACUGCCUAUUACUGAGGCUUUGUUUCCUGAUGUGAGCUUUGUGAAAGAUCUUGUGAACUGGACAUUGCCGGCUUUAGAAAGGGACGGAGUGGGAGAAGGAUGGAAGGGGUUUGUCUAUACUUUGGAAGGGCUAUACAAUAAGGAGAGCGCCCUAGAGAAAAUAAGAAACUUGCAAGGUUUCGAUGAUGGCAACUCCCUCUCCAAUCUUCUCUGGUGGAUUCACAGCAGGGGUGAUGAUGAAGAUGGGUACCUUGGAAUGGGAAGUCAUUGUUGGUUUGGCCACUAUUAUCACUAAUUAUGUUAUAUCAGGUCUGUUUAAACUGCAUAUCUAUUAGUUAUGAUGGAUUGCUUCAUCUGUUGGUUGUUUACAUCUUAUAUUUACUUGAGCAAUGGUGAUAUGUUGGUAGCAAUGUAGCAUAGUGUUCUGUUGAAUCAAUAAUAAUGUAUCAUUUUAGGCUUGAUCACCAGGCAAACCGCUCUUGAAACUUGUUGCCGUGUAUUUGCUGCCUGUGAGCCAUUUGCAGUUUCUUAUCAUCUGUGCUUUGAAUGUAUUGUGUACAGUUAUACACAUUAGAAAAUAUACGAAGUUUUUACUG